AUGGAAAAAUACGCGCCAUCUUUGUUUAUAAACCAUGGCGGAGGGCCUUUGCCUGUAUUAGGUGAAAAACAUAAUAUGGAAAUGGCAGAUUCAUUACGUAAUAUAUCUUCAUUUGUGGAUUUUAAACGUAUAAAGGCAAUAAUAUUAGUCACAGCUCACCGCGAAGAGGACAUUGUUACGAUAUCUUCCGGGAAGAACAACGAUUUAAUUUACGAUUACUCAAAUUUCCCGCCAGAGAGCUAUGAGUUCAAAUACCCAGCGGUCGGUGACCCCAUUUUGGCGGGAAGACUGCACAAAGCAUUCGAAAACGCGAAUAUACCAUCGAGCUUAGAUGAGAAAAGAGGCUGGGACCAUGGAGUGUUUAUACCAAUGAUGCUAAUUAACCCAAAAGCUGAUAUACCCAUUGUUCAAGUGUCAAUUUUAAAAAAUCAAAAUGCCCGUGAUCAUUACAACGUUGGAAAAGUGUUAUACGAAUUUAGGAAGGAAGGCAUCGCUAUUAUUGGCUCGGGCAUGUCAUACCACAAUAUGAAAGAAUUUAAAAAGGCAGGACAGCUGUACAACGAUGAAGUUGUUGUUAAUGAGGAGUUUGACAAAUUCCUUAAUGAUGUUUGCUUGGGUGUGUUGAGCCCGGAAGCCAUUUUUGAUUGGGAUAAGACACCACAAGGGUACGAAUGUCAUCCUUUGGGAGAAGCAGAACAUUUGAUGCCUUUGAUCGUAAGUUUGGGUGCGGCUGGAAAUAAUACUGGGAAAAAUAUAUUUUCGUCAGUGUUUUAUAAGAAAUUUAAGCUAUGUGCGUUUAUUUGGAACUAA